AUGGCAAGCAGCGCGUUUGGCGAGAUACACUACCCGCGCUAUGGCUGCGGCAAGGGCUUUGAAGACCUCCCGUUUUGCAAUAGCAGGUUGCCCAUCGCAGAUCGUGUCGACGACUUGGUACAGCGGUUACGGUUGGAGGAGAAGCCACUCCUGAUGGUUGCCCGGCUGGCGCCGCUUGGCAACAUCUCACGGCUUGGCAUUCCACAAUAUGACUGGGGAGCCAAUUGCAUCCAUGGUGUUCAAUCUCGCUGUGGUAAAGGCUCAGAUGGUAAGGUUCGAUGCCCCACCUCUUUUGCAGCUCCGAACCUCUUAGGUGCCACUUUCAACGAGUCGGCAUGGUGGACGAUGGGUCACAUUAUUGGCGUGGAGCUGCGCAGCCUGUGGAAGCAAGGCAGAGGAGAGAACCAUCCACCCACACAGCUUCCACCUUUAGGCCUGGACUGCUGGAGCCCAAACAUCAACAUAGUCCGUGAUCCACGUUGGGGGCGGAACAUGGAGACGACGUCUGAGGAUCCUUUCAUCCUGAGCCGCUUCGGGAUACAGGUGACGAAGGGCCUGCAGGAAGGCAAGGAGGACAAAGGGCGGCUACAAGCCAUUGUCACACUCAAGCACUUUGCAGCGAAUGAGCUUGAAGGCACAUGGAAGGGACCGGGCGGUCCUGCUGAGUACCCUGGCACCGGGAUGUGCCCUGGACGGAAGUGUACAAGACACACAAUCAACGUAAAUAUCUCUUCGUACGAUCUGGCCUCAUCCUAUCUGGCAUCUUUCCGCAGCACCGUAGUAGAAGGAGGUGCACUUGGGGUAAUGUGUUCUUACAAUUCAAUCAAUGGCUAUCCGAGUUGUGCCAACAAAUGGCUUCUGAAUGAGAAGCUGCGACAAGACUGGGGCUUCAAAGGCUAUGUAACGGGAGACUCUGGAGCUGUCGCCGACAUUUACGAUCAACAUUGGUUCGCUCCGUCAAUGGAGGAUGCAGUUGCCAAGGCUGUGGAGGCCGGCACAGAUGUCCAAUCCUCUGGGUGGCCUUCGGGGCACCCGUGGGCGACGACGAACGCUGAGUACCUGAAGUACAUCCCAGACUUGGUCCGACAGGGAAAGCUGUCUGAAGAGGCGCUGGACGAAGCUCUGAGGCACACUUUGACCCUCAGAUUCCGCCUCGGCCUCUUCGAUGAUCCUGCUAGCCAACCAUAUGAGCACUUCUCUCCCGACAUUGUGCGCAGCAGUGAGCAUCUGGCUGCCGCUCUUGACUCGACGGAGCAGGGUCUGGUACUUCUCAAGAACGAGAAGGGCACUUUGCCAAUCCCUGAGGGUCGAAAGAUUGCCGUCAUCGGUCCCCACGCCGCUUCCCGAGGAGAGCUCCUCGGAAACUACCUGGGUCAGAUUUGCCCAGGUGAGAGGCAGAGCUUCGCUUGUGUGCAGACCAUCUUCGAAGCCCUCGCCAACUUGACGCAGCAAGUGACCACAGCCCCAGGAUUGCCCGGCAUCAGCAGUGAAGUUGACCCGAAGAUCCUUGCAGAAGCGGUAGCCACGGCGAAGGCUGCCGAGUACAUCAUACUGGCUUUAGGCCUGGACACUGCCUCAAUCGAGAAAGAGGGGCAGGAUCGCCGCACGGUGAUGCUGCCGCCUGGGCAGUUGGUUCUGCUCGAUGCCAUGAUCGCCCUGAAGAGGCCGCUAACUGUUGUGCUGGUGAAUGGCGGCAUGGUGGCGAUGACACCCGUCAAGGAGAAGGCCGACGCCAUCGUGGAAGCCUGGUACCCCGGGUUUUUUGGCGCCACAGCCAUCGCCCGUGCAGUGUUGGGACACAGCAACCGCUGGGGCAAGCUGCCUGUGACUAUUUAUGAUGAACACUUUACAGAGCAAUUCGACAUGCUCAGCUUUGACAUGACUAAAUCUCCUGGGCGGACGUACCGAUACUUUACAGGACAACCGCUUUGGCCAUUUGGGUACGGUCUGUCUUACACCACCUUUGCUUUGCAGAUCCUCGGUUCAAGUUCGAUCAAGGUCUCGCAGGCAGGAGGUUCCGCAAAGGUCGAUGUACGCGUCCUGAACACUGGGGAGAGAACCGGCGACGAAGUGGUAAUGGCUUAUUUUUCACCAGUGGAAGGGACCCUUCCUGCAGGAUGUGCUGCCACACUUCUGCGCAAAGAGCUUUUUGCUUUCCAGCGGGUUGCCCUCCAGCCUCAGACAAGUGCGACCUUGAGCUUCACGCUCACAGCCGCGAGUUUCCAGGUCUUUACAGAUGCCGGUGAUGGUGUCAGCUAUGCUGGCAAGUACACUGUAUUGCUCAGCACAGGUAGUGUGGACGUGACCAUCAAUGUCGAAGUGGAGGGAAAUCGGCAGCAGCCAUUGGUUUUACAGCCUUGGCAAGUGUCAAGUGUACUCAGCAUCACAGGAUCUGACCCAGAAGCACCAAGCAAGGAUUCUGACAGCAGUUCUGUAGAUAGGAUUAGGCGUCGUGCUGCCUGUUUAUACACAGGUGCGAUGAGGCUGAAGUUAACACACGAGGAAGUGCCGAAGCACAAAUCGCUAGUGACUGCAGUCGGAUGGUACAAGACCGGCAAGCAAUACGAGUUGCUGUCAGCCGGCGAUGACCAGGAAAUCUGGAAAUGGCAUGUCGAGGGCUCCCCGAUCGUGAAGCUGGGAAGCUGCGAGUCCUUCUGCACGGCCAUGGCAUGGAUGCCCAGUGGCAAAGGUUCAGAGAACACCUUUGCACUGGGAUGUGCCGAUGGAACCUUCAGACUGGUCAGUGAGACCGGCCGAGAAGAGAAGAAGGUUGAUGCUCACCGAGGCGCAGUCAUCUCCCUGCGGUGGAGCUUCGACGGAUCUGCCAUCGCAACAGCUGGUGAAGACGGCAUUGUCAAGGUUUGGUCCAGGAGUGGAAUGCUGAGGUCGGCCCUGGCGCAACAGUCGCAUGCCAUCUACUCGGUGGUCUGGUCUCCGGAUUGCGAGCAUAUUCUCUUCGCGUGCAGUUCAAAGAUCCACCUCAAAUCCAUUCAGGCUGGCCAGAAACAGGUCGAGUGGAAGGCCCACGAUGGUGUCGUCAUGAUGCUGGACUGGUCUUUUGUCAACAACACUAUCCUUUCUGCCGGCGAAGACUGCCGGUACAAGAUUUGGGACUGUUAUGGUCGGCUUCUCUUCAACUCCGCCCCUCUCGACCAUGUGGUCACUGCCAUUGCGUGGUCCCCGACAGGCAAGCAUUUUGCCGUCGGGAGCUUCAACACCUUGAAGCUUUGUGACCGUACUGGAUGGUCCUACUGUCGUGAGACGCCAGAUGUGGGCUCCAUUUUCUCCAUCUCCUGGUGCAAUGACGGAACGCAACUUGCAUGCGGCACCGGGAGUGGGCAUGUAGUCUUUGGAAGCCUCGUCGAAAGAAGCUGCACGUGGCAGAACAUGGACGUAAACUUGGAUGAAAACAACAUGAUUACGGUGGUGGACAUUCUCAAUGAGACAAAGGAGGAAUUGGACUUCCGUGAUCGCGUGACCGACAUGUCCUUGGCUUAUGGAGCUUUGGUUGUGAAUACCAACAGCCAGUGCUUCAUAUACCAGUCGACAAACUGGAACACGCCUCACGUGGAGGACUUGAAAGAGCCACCAACGCUCAUUGUCCAGUGUCCACACCACUUCGCUCUGGUCGAUGCCAAUGGAAUUCAGAUCAUCAACUACGAAGGCCGACAGUUGUCUACCAUAAAGAUGAGCGGCCUUCGCUAUGAGUUCCUGAACCAUCAGACAUUGAGCAUUUGCCGAGAUGCAGUUGCCCUAGUAGAUCCUGCACAGCCGAAACAGAUACGUGUGUUCGAUGUUUUCACGGGCCGUGCCAUGGGGAACCCUAUCCAGCACAAGCUCGACAUCGUGCGCAUCUCGCUUAACCAGCAGGGGUCAGGCAGCGAUCGAAAAAUCGCAAUCCUGGACAAGAACAAGGAUUUGUAUCUCACCAAGGCCAUGCAAGCAGACAAGACUGAGAAGCUUGGGGCCAUGGUGGACACUUUUAUGUGGAAUGACAGCACCGACAUGCUUAUUGCCCUGAUCGACGAAAAACUAGUUAUUUUCAUCUAUCCGGCUGUAUGCUUUGUUGACAAGGAUUUGCUUCCAAAGACGCUGCAGUCAAAGACCUGCGCGGAUGCCGGCAAGUACGCACAGAUUGUCGCAUUCUAUGGCUCCAACUGCACCAUCAGAAAGGCAGAUGGCUCGGAUUUGGCCAUGGUCACCACCCCCUAUCCUCAGCUGUCUGGAGCUAAGCCGCUCAGGGCCACUGAUUCCAAAAAAGACAGGGGAGCCCGAGCCUUCCAGGCUUUACACGCACUUUGA